AUGCAGCGGCCCGAGGCCUGGCCACGUCCGCACCCAGGGGAGGGGGCCGCCGCGGAGGCAGCGGCGGCAGCCCGGGGGGGAACGGCGCAGGGCGCUGGGGCCACGGAGCCCCCGGGGCUGCGGUUGCAGGAACCAUCUCUCUACACUGUCAAAGCAGUUUUCAUCCUGGAUAAUGAUGGACAUCGGCUUUUGGCCAAGUAUUAUGAUGACACAUUCCCCUCCAUAAAGGAGCAGAAAGCCUUUGAGAAAAAUGUCUUCAACAAGACCAAUAGGACCGACAGUGAGAUUGCCUUUUUUGGGGGCAUGACCGUUGUCUACAAGAGCAGCAUCGACCUUUUCCUGUAUGUGGUAGGCUCAUCCCAGGAGAAUGAGCUGAUGCUCAUGUCAGUCCUCACCUGCCUGUUUGACUCCCUGAACCACGUAUUACGGAGGAACAUAGAGAAACGCUCGUUGGUGGAGAACAUGGACGGAGCCUUCUUGGUGGUGGACGAGAUCGUGGAUGGCGGUGUAAUUCUGGAGAAUGAUCCCCAGCAGGUGAUCCAGAAAGUGAACUUCAGGGUCGAUGACAGCAGCCUGUCUGAGCAGAGUGUGGCCCAGACCGUAGCUGAGGCCAGAGGACUCGCUCGUGUUCAUUCUAUCUCUUGCACUGGGCCCCAGGUUCUACAGUCUGCCAAGGAGCAAAUUAAGUGGUCUUUACUAAAGUGAAAACCACAGGAGCCAAAUCUGCCUGCCUGCUCCAUGGACCACUUCCUCAGUUCUGUAAAAUGCUGAGGACACAGAGAGACAAGAGGGUCCCUCCCUUUUACCCUCCCCAGGCCUCCUCCUAAUACUAAUGCAGAACUUGAGUUCUCGACCUCUGAUGCAUUGACCAGAGGGGACCCUAUUCUUUGAGUCAUAAAAUCGCAGAGCCGAAAGGGAUUUUGUAUCCAGACAUCCAAACAGUCAUUCCCUCUGCAGUAUCCUGAAGGGCACAACCAGCCUCCACUUGAACCAGCCUCCACCUGAAGACUUCCAGUGAUAGGGAACCCAUUACCCCCCACAGCCUGUUUCACUUUGAGACCACCCUUAUGGUUCAGUCAGUCAUCCCUUCUCCUGCCGGCUCCCCAAGGCAACCAAGAUCGGCCUCCUUAAUUUGUCUCCUGUCUGGGACCUGACACCAGGCACUGAGGACUGCAAUAAAACAACUUUUGUCUCCUGUC